UGAAGAAGAACACAAGAUAGAAGUCAUUCAUCCAAUAUCAGAUAAACAAACAAGAACAUUGAUGUUAACACUGUGAAAGAUAACUACUUUGCAAUCGCGUUGGUGGUCAACAACUUGAACUUGUCGUCACUUCGUGUGUCCGAUGCUGAACGAAAGACUUGAGGUGGACAAUACACUGAUGGACAGGGAACGUAAUGAUAGUGCCGUGGUUACCGGUCCGACAUUUCCAUCGUGUACAGUGCCCUUCACUGGUACCGACCAGGACUACGUGUUCGAAGGUGGUGGUAUGUCGAUGUUGCAGCAGUUUGGUGCAGGCGGUCGCGGAAACAUCGACUGCAUUAGUGGAGGAGAUCUUGGAUUCAAUGCAUCGAUAGGAGGAACGGGGACUGGGUUAGGUAGUGAGAUAGGAUUCGGUGGAAUCAGUACUGAAGGAACUGCGGGAGGAUUUGCAGCAAUGGGUGGAAAAGCAGCAGGAGGAGGAGGAAGCGGUAGCAACAUGAAUAAGGAAGUUCGUUACGCUCCAUUCGUGUCAUCUGUAGGUCUAAUCAGUACUGUAGCGCCAAUAAAUCUGCAGUCUUUACCGCCUCCGCCGCCGCCCCCACCACCGCCGCCACCGCCGCCACCACCGCCUUCGCCACCGCCCCUGCCGCUGCAGAUGCAACAGCAGCGUGCCUUUUCGAAGUCGAUGACAUCCCUACCACCGGAGCCAUUCAUGAUAAUGCGUUCGAAGGCUUUAAAUCGACGCGUUUCAAUUAAUGUUGGUGGCGUGAAGCACGAGGUACUCUGGCGUACUCUCGAGCGGUUGCCACAUACGCGCCUAGGUCGACUAAGAGACUGCAAUACUCAUGAGGCAAUAACUGAACUCUGCGACGAUUAUUCUCUAAUCGACAAUGAGUAUUUUUUCGAUCGACAUCCUAAAUCAUUCAGUUCAAUUCUUAAUUUCUAUCGUACUGGCAAGCUCCAUCUAGUAGAUGAGAUGUGCGUGUUAGCGUUUAGUGAUGAUCUCGCAUAUUGGGGUGUUGAUGAGCUUUAUCUUGAAAGUUGUUGUCAACACAAGUAUCAUCAACGUAAGGAGCACGUACACGAGGAAAUGCGCAAGGAGGCAGAGUCACUUCGACAACGCGAAGAAGAAGAAUUCGGUGAGGGAAAGUGCGCUCAAUAUCAGAAAUGGUUGUGGGAUCUUUUGGAGAAACCAACCACCUCUAUUGCGGCACGGGUGAUAGCUGUGAUAUCAAUACUCUUUAUUGUGCUUUCAACGAUCGCACUAACUCUCAACACCAUUCCUAGUAUGCAAGUAAAUGAUGAGAAGGGAAACUUCCAAGACAAUCCGCAACUCGCUAUGGUGGAGGCUGUGUGCAUUUCGUGGUUUACUCUUGAAUACUUGCUUAGGUUCAGUGCCUCGCCAGACAAAUGGAAAUUUUUCAAGGGCGGUCUUAACGUGAUCGAUUUGCUGGCGAUACUACCAUACUUCGUAUCUCUAUUCCUGGUCGAAACCAACAAAAAUGCGAACGACCAGUUCCAGGACGUGCGCAGGGUAGUACAGAUCUUUCGAAUAAUGCGGAUCCUAAGGAUCUUGAAAUUGGCCCGUCAUUCGACCGGAUUGCAGAGUCUCGGCUUCACUUUGCGUAACUCAUAUAAAGAGUUAGGAUUACUGAUGCUUUUCUUAGCAAUGGGCGUUCUCAUAUUCUCGAGCCUCGCCUAUUUCGCCGAGAAGGAGGAACCCGGGACCAAAUUCAUAAGCAUUCCAGAGACCUUUUGGUGGGCAGGCAUCACAAUGACCACCGUCGGAUACGGCGACAUCUACCCUACGACUCCGCUCGGCAAGGUUAUCGGCAGUGUGUGUUGUAUAUGUGGUGUUCUGGUAAUCGCAUUGCCCAUUCCCAUUAUCGUCAACAAUUUCGCCGAAUUCUACAAGAAUCAGAUGAGACGGGAGAAAGCCAUCAAAAGACGAGAGGCUCUUGAGAGGGCCAAACGAGAAGGCAGCAUCGUGUCUUUUCAUCAUAUCAACUUGAGAGACGCUUUCGCCAAGAGUAUGGAUCUCAUCGAUGUCAUUGUCGAUACUGGUAAGCGAUGGAUCAAUGUGCUCACGAAAGAUACGAUCUACAACAGACAUCUGUUACACAUGUUCUGUUAUUAA